GUUACAUAACUUAAGUACAAGGCCAAAAUUUUCAAAACGAGGGCAUUCUUUUGAUAACAUCAAAAGGACGAAAAUAAUAAAAAUCCUUCAAGGUUUAACUUUUUCAAACAAAAGCAUGAAUUUAUUAGCAUUAAACUAGUUAAUGUUCGAAUGCAUUUAUUAAAUCAAAUUCAUGAGGUAAAAAAAGGCCAAAAGUUCAAAAUAAAUUAUAUAUAAUGUCAGAUCUGGAACGAAUAAGACUGGUAAUACUAGGUGGCGCUGGAGUAGGAAAAAGUAGUAUACUAAAGCGUUUCCUAUUUAAAACGUAUACAGACAAAUAUCGAUCAACUGUAGAGGAUUUAUACAACAGAGAAUAUGAAGUUGGUGGCGUAACAUUAAAGGUUGACAUUCUGGACACUUCAGGAGAUAUGCAGUUUCCUGCUAUGCGUCGUCUUUCCAUAGCAACAGCAAAUGCUUUCUUGCUCGUUUAUGCGACCACAUCUUCCCCCAGUUUUCUAUGUGUGAAACAAUGUUUUGAGGAGAUCCGUGAACAGAGAGCCGAUUUCCAAGACAUACCUAUUGUAAUAGCUGGUAACAAAUCGGAUCUAUCAUUAUCUCAUCGAGAAGUGAGGUUGGAUGACGUGACCGAUUGGGUGAAUUGUGAACUUCCGAAAAUAAGAACCAAGGUGUUAGAAUGUUCAGCGAAAGAUGACUACAACACAACAGAACUAUUCAAAACUCUACUUUCACUCUCCAGGUACCUGCCAUUAGGUAAAAAUGAGGGCACAUCUGGUCUUAAACGAAGAUCAUCAGCGUAUGUUAGUGCAUCGUCAAGCAGAAACAAGAACCGCACCGCCAGCCCAUCCAUUUCUAACGACAAAAAAAAUAACCAAUCAACAAUUGGUGAAGCUGAUACUGGAGUUAGUGGAGAAUCCAACUUUAAACCAAGAUCAAGGUCACUUAUUCGAAGAGCAUCUAGAAAAACAAAACAACAAAUAAACAAUGCUGCAGGCGAUGACUGUAACGUGCAAUGAGUUUUUGUCAUCUAUAAUAAAUAAACGACAAUUUCUCACUUUACUCAUAAAAUAUAAGAAUAACUUUAAAAAAAUGUUGAAUUGGAUAAGUGUCUUGACAAUUCCACAGUCCAGAAAUUAAAAAAAUACAAUUUUUCAUUGUUAUUACAUACAUAAAUGUACAUGUAAUUGUGAAAAUUAGACUCCAAAUUGGAUUUUUUGUCACUAACUUGACUUAUGUUUAACUUAAAUUGAAGUCAUAUGAUUAUUUAAAUAAAA